AUGACCGUCAUCGGGGGAGCCGGGUUCUCCCGCACCAAGCGGUUCGACCCCGCCGAGCGCCUCGCGCUCAUCCAUAACGCGAAGCAGCGCACGAAAGGGAUCGACGUCGAUGCCCUGAACGCGCAGGUGGCCGAGAAGGCCGCGCGCAAGGCUGCCGAAGCCGAGCACGACAGGCGAUACGAUCAGAUGGCGUCCUUCUACGACAAGAAGCUCGUCGCGCUGGAGCAGGAGCGCCGGGAGAUUCAGGCUGAGCUCAACCGCAACGUCCAAUCCUUUCGCGCCGAGUACCAGCGCAAGGAACUCCGCCGCGAGUACGACCUCUCGGACCCGAGCGCGCUGCGAUCCGAGCCCCCCGCCCGGGUCGGCGACGACGACGCCCGCAUCGGCGCGUCCAGUCUGCAGAGGUUCGACGGCGAGGACCUCGCCGCGGGCGAGCGAAGAAGGACCCAGCUCGCGCAGCAGGCAUCAUGGUGCGAGCGCCAAGCGGCGGAGAAGAAAGCCGCACAGCUGGCGGCCAAGGCGGCUGAUCUCGCGCACGCGGAGACGGUCGCGGCGCAGGAGGAGUACAUGAACAAGGCGGCGGCGCAUCACGAGGCUGCGCGCGCCGCGUUCGAGAGGUCCGUCGCGGAAGAGAAUGCGCGGUUGGCGGAGCUCAAGGCGCGACGAGACGCCGAGGCGAGAGCCAUCGACGAGCAUCUCGCCGCCGCCGAGGCGACCAAGGUGGAGUCGGAUCCCAUGAUCAACGAAGACCCCUCUGCGGCGGCGUCCGCGGUGGCGCCCGGCGCCAGGGUCCGCGUCGACCACUGGAAGGGCAUGAACUACCUCCAGGUGCGUUCCAUCAACGAGACGGUUGCGGCGCAGCGAGAGGAGCUCGAGCAACGCAGGGCGCGGGAAGCGGCGGAGGAGGCGGCGACGGCGAACGCGAGCGAGCGGGUGCGCAGGGCGCUCGAGCAGCGCGCGGAGCAGGUGGAGGCGUUCAAGCGGGAGCAGCGGAUGGCGGUGCUCGCAGCGCAGAACACGCAGCGGGCGGAGAAGGUGGAGCGCGACGCGACGGCUCGAUCCGUCCUCGGCGUCAACACCGUCGAGCCCGAGUAUUUCGCGCAGUUCGGCACCAGCUGGCGAUGAUCGCAGCGGCGAUGAGAGAGUCGUCCGACCGCGUCGGCGGCGGUGGGUGGAGUCUUUUCGGGACGGGUCCGGCGGCGGCGACGGACGAUGUACAUGUUUAACAAAUCGUAUGAUAUCACACG